GGGGAGCCGGCACGUUUGCCGGCUGAUACUCCUACAUCAUACGAGAGAGACAAAUUGGAGUCUCAUGCUGUCAUCGUUCGCCUCCCAGGCGUUCUGCGUUCAGAUGAGAAUUAUUCAUACGCGACCCCGUGCUGUGCUGGCGUUAGAAACAGCGUGGAACAGCUUUUCGACUCUAAUACCGUCGAAGUAUCUGGAGUUAACUCCGAUUUGAUAGGAAAUUAAAUGAGUGUGUUUCGAGAAAUAUUCUGUGAAGAUUGUGAUAAAUUUUACAUCAAAGUUUGCGUUGCGUGUGUGAAAAAUUUUGUUUAAAAAAAGUUAUACAUGUUUUAUAUAAGUAUAACAGUUUUAUCAUGUUGGCUCUAAUUAGUUUAUACGUAUGUUUUUGUUUAUUUCGAGUUGCAAGUAGCUCGACGCUAACAGCACCUCCUCUAUCAGCUCUAAUAGUUGCGUUUGAGAAUGUAUAUGAUUUAUCGUUACUCGCCAAUACUUUAUCGGACCAAGGGAUCUAUGCGACAUUGAUAAUACCGUCUUACGCUGCUAACGAUCUUUAUAAUAAUAUAGUUGACGUUGAAGUGUUGCAACUGAAUGUUGAUAUUGAUAAAUCUAUGUCUGUUGAUAUACAUGCAUUAGAAGCCUGCAAUAGUCUCUUCAGGGAUGAAGAAAUAUUUCAAAAGAUACAAGAAUUUCAGCCUACAUUCACCAUAUUUCCAGCAUUAAGACAUGAUGGCUGCUUACUUCCAUUUGUCAAAUAUAUCGAAUCCAUUCCAGUAAUUUGGAUAACGAAUCCAGAUGAAGAACUAUAUGCAUUUGAAUGUACUAGAGUUGCUCUGCCGAUACAUAGUGGCGGAUUUUGGUCCAGACUCUCAACAAGUUUUGCAGGGAGAUCCAUAUUCUCUACUGCUAAAAAUGGCUAUCUAACUCCCGCUUUGAAAUUAGCAACCAAGUACUUACCAGCUGUUAAUUUCGAUUUGGAUCAUCUUUAUUCUGAUGUUCGUCUAGUACUUUGGGGAGCUGAUACAGUGUUGCGUUCCAAUUUUGCAUUUUUGACACAACUACUUGUGGAGGUAGGCUGUCAUCAUUGCAGAGGCGCACAUCCCUUAUCCGGAGAUUUACAAAAAUUAUUGGUAGAACAUAGACUGGGUACUAUUGUUGCUCUAUUAGACGAAAAUUACGAGACAUUGAUACAAGAAUUGGCAAAAAAAUUGCCUCAAGGUAGGGAAGGUCAAGCUAUCGUGUGGAGAAUUAACAAAGGCGAUACAAAUGUCGCUCCGCCGGAAAAUCUUUUUAUACGCGAAGAUAUUGACCGGCAAGACCUCAUAGGUUACAGCCGAACCCGAGUAGUGUUGAGUCAUUGUGCCGAUACGGAAUUCUUGGAAGCCGCCUUUCACGGGACGCCCGUGAUAUGUCUGCCGAGGGACACGCACGAGUCUCGCAAUACCGCCCGCGCGGUCGAGUUGGGCUUCGCGCGCUCCAUGGAGGACAAUUACGCCUCGGCCGAGGAGAUAGCGAACAUCGUGCACGAAAUACAUGAGACGGCCGCUUAUCGCGAGAGCGCGCGAAAAGUCUCCUUAGCGAUACGCGAUAGACUCAAUCCGGCUUCCGAUAGACUCGUUUAUUGGCUGGGUUACGUCGCGAGAACGAAAGACGACGGUAGGAAAUUUCACAGACCAAAGAGCCAGGCGAAGACACUUACGGAGGAUAUCCAGUUCUUUGUUGGUCUUCUGGUAGGGAUAAUCUUCGGGAUCGUUUCCACGGGCAGCGCGGUGGUCAUGCGAUAUCUAAUUACGGCCAACAAAGUGCAAAAAUCAAAGGGGCGAUACACGCGAUGAGCGUGAUGUUACGUCGAGAUUCGAUUUGAUAUACGUAUGUAUUUGUGGACAUUUCUGUAUAUGUAUAUUUAUAUAAAUGCACGUAGAAUACAGGUACAUACGAAUACAAAUGUUUUACGAACUAGGAUUUAUCUAACUAGUUUUACGAACUAGUUAGAGCGCGAAGAGACGUUGUUAUUACAACUAUCAUUAUUACGAGAAUAUACUUUCUCAUAAUACAAUUGAGAAAACUACGAAUAUAAUAAUGUGAUGUAUUAUCGUGAAGAAAAUAAAUUACACAGUUUCUCAAUA